CCUAGUCAAGCCUUAUCACUUUCCCCAAAAUUAGAAUCAAACCCUAGCUCGUCCUCCUCUUCGAUCCCCCCCGAUCCCCACCAGGCGACUCGCCGGAACCCUAGCUAGCCCUAGAUCCACCGCGCCGCUUCCGCGGCCGCCGCCAUGGCGACCCUCAAGGACCUCCUCCCGGCGCCGAAGACGACGGCGUCCACCUUCUACGACCACAGCAGCGACCCCUGGUUCAAGGAGCGCUACGGCGGGGAGCCGGCGCAGGGGUCCGCGGCGGCGAGGCCCGCGGCCGCCACCAGGGCCAUCCCGCCCUACGGGAAGCGGGCGGGCUUCGUGCCGCGCCGGCCGGAGGACUUCGGGGAUGGCGGCGCCUUCCCGGAGAUCCACGUCGCUCAGUACCCGCUCGGCAUGGGCCGCCGCGACGACAAGGGCGGUUCCAAGAUCCUCGCGCUCACGGUCGACGCGCACGGCAGCGUCGCUUUCGACGCCGUCGUCAAGCAGGGCGAGAACGCCGGUAAGAUCGUCUACUCCAAGCACAGCGACCUCGUGCCGAAGAUCGCCACGUCCGAUUCCCAGGCGCCGGUCGACGGCGACGAGGAGCAGAAGGAGAUUGAGGAGACCACAGAGCGAACGAAGGCUGCCUUGGAGAAGGUUGUCAACGUACGCCUCUCAGCUGCUCAGCCCAAGAAUGUGCCCACGCAUGAUUCUGAGUCCAAGUUUAUCAAGUAUAAGCCGUCCCAGCAAUCCGCGGCCUUCAAUUCAGGCGCAAAGGAGAGGAUCAUUAGGAUGUCAGAGAUGGCAGUGGAUCCUCUUGAGCCGCCAAAGUUCAAGCACAAGCGGGUGCCUCGGGCGUCUGGGUCACCACCUGUGCCGGUGAUGCACUCGCCACCACGGCCAGUUACAGUGAAGGAUCAGCAGGAUUGGAAGAUCCCGCCAUGCAUUUCGAAUUGGAAAAAUCCAAAGGGGUACACAAUUCCACUUGAUAAGAGGUUGGCAGCUGACGGAAGGGGGCUGCAGGAGGUGCAGAUUAAUGAUAACUUUGCAAAACUUUCUGAAGCAUUGUAUGUCGCAGAGCAGAAGGCGAGGGAGGCAGUACAGAUGCGCUCCAAGGUUCAGAGGGAACUACAGCUGAAGGAGAAGGAGAGGAAGGAGCAAGAGCUGAGGGCUCUUGCCCAGAAGGCACGCAUGGAGAGGACUGGUGGCCCACCUGCACCAUCAGGUGUGCCUACUGGUGGCAGCAGGGGAGCGGUUGAGGCUAUCGAUGAAGAUAUGGAUAUGGAGCAACCACGUGAACCACGUGAGCAGCGCAGGGAGAGUAGAGAAGAGAGGGAAGCGAGGAUCGAGCGUGAUAGAAUCCGUGAGGAGCGCAGACGCGAGAGGGAGCGGGAGAGGAGGCUAGAAGCCAAGGAUGCUGCAAUGGGCAAGAAGAGUAAGAUCACGAGAGACAGAGAUCGUGACAUCAGUGAGAAGAUUGCUCUGGGUAUGGCAAGCACUGGUGGUGCCAAAGGUGGUGAGGUCAUGUACGACCAGCGGCUGUUCAACCAGGACAAGGGGAUGGACUCUGGGUUUGCCACUGAUGAUCAGUACAACAUCUACUCUAAGGGGCUCUUCACAGCGCAGUCCACGAUGUCUACGUUGUACAGGCCUAAGAAAGAUGGUGAUUCUGAUGUGUAUGGUGAUGCGGAUGAACAGUUGGAGAAGGUUAUGAAGACUGAGAGGUUCAAGCCUGACAAGGGUUUCACUGGUGCUUCAGAGAGGACUGGCAAGCGAGACAGGCCUGUGGAGUUCGAUAAGCAGGAGGAGAAUGAUCCCUUCGGUCUGGAUCAGUUCUUGACUGAGGUGAAGAAGGGAAAGAAAGCCGUGGAGAAGAUUGGAGGUGGAGGCACCAUGAAGGCAAGUGGUGGGUCCUCAAUGAGGGAUGACUAUGAUGGAGGAUCUGGGAGGUCCCGCAUUAAUUUUGAAAGGGGGCGUUAAGGAAAGGGCUUCAUGUCUAAGCUACAGCAGGUCAUGUCCCUGCCGUACUUUCAGUGGUUGUGUUAAAGAGUGUACUCUUUAGAUCCUAUGAUCCUUAUGUAUUUGUGUAUCAGUUAAUGAUGGGAUCUAUCAUCUUCUUUACCCAUAUUAUGUAAGCAUACGUCUCUGUUGAACUUUCAAGCGGAAUGAAUUUUAAAUACAUCAAUCCUGCCAAGCGGUAGGAACUUUAUAAAUACAUAAAUUAUACUGCUUGUGGGAUAUGGAAGAACUCAACAUACCUAUUUGUUGGUCUGUCUUGGAAGGGUGAAUUCAUGCUGAUGCUGCGAAGAUUAUGGCUUAACAAUUUUUUGAGGGUGAGAUGGAUCUGAUGUUCAUAGAUGUACCGAAUAGGAUUUCAUCUUUGGGUGUUUUGGUCAUCUGUAAUCAUCGAGUCGUUUUGUUCACAGAUGUAUUGAAUAAGAAUUCACCUUGUGAUUAUUGCA